CCAGGAAACAACGCGCAUGCGCAGUGUGUAGUCAGUGCAGGAGCAGCUGGGCAGUGGACACAGAUAGCAAUAAUACAUGUUAAAUAAGGCACCUGAAGCAAUGCUGGCGAGUACAAUUAUAAACCAUCCGCAACAUGUUGGCCUGCAGAAGCUCUCAGCGCUGUCAGGAGUCACACAUUCCUCCCUGGGCCCCGACAAAAAGUACAAGUUUAUCCAAGAAGAAACGAGCGGGGACUCAGCUCUCGUGUGCUCCUGUUUUCGCAUCUUGGAGAACCUGGAGCUGACCUGCGGGGUCGGUCAGCUGGUUUACGAGACCGUUCAAGCCCACCAGAAGGUCUAUCACACUGGGUCGGGGUGCCUGCUGUUUCUCGCCGGAGCGUGGAGCCGUGCUGCUCUGGAGUGCCUUCAGAGAGGAAUUUCAGUAGCGCACAUCAUCUCGGCCAUGUCUGAAGGGAUGGACGUAUGCUUGGAUGUGUGCAGGAAAUGCAGCGUCUCAACUGACGGUCUCGGUGUGGAGAAAUCAGAGAGCUCCACUGCGAAACAUCAGGGGUCAAGACCUCAACUGUCAAAGAAACCCACUGUGGAGGCUUCACAAGCACCGGUUCACCUGCAGGGGACAAGCAAAGUUGGUGACAAGACUCUAAAUGCCAGUGGGCGAAGGAAAUUAAAGCUCAGCAGACAUUUUUAUGAGGCCAUAUCUGAAAAUGUCUCCACGGUAUCACAACCCCCUCAGCCUAAGCCUCCUGACAUUGCACACAUCGCUAUGGGACUGAGUCACGGUUGUUUCGGUGCGAUGAAUUUAGUUGUCGAAGCCAGCAGAAUACAAUCUGAAAAUAAUCUGCAAGGUGUCAGCUGUUCUACGUUCGAUGUGACUAAAGUGGUGACUUGUGUGCUUCCUGGUUUACCAGAGGAACAUGCGUGUGUUUUACAGGGCUGCAUUGUUCCAGUGUCUCAUGAACAGGCUUCAGUUGCACUUCACUUAAAAGAUCAGCACUUGAAGGUUGCUCUUAUUAAUGGAGAUUUAUCAGAUACCUAUCGCCAUCUUGGCUUCAAAAGGCUAAAGGGUGUACAGUGUGUGAGUGACCGGUCGCACCUUUCAAGUUCAAGCAAAGAGGAAGAGUGGAUGGAAAAUAUUUUGACUCUUCUGUUGAACCUAGAAGUGAACCUGAUAGUUGUCAGUGGCCUCGCAAGUGAGAAAGUGAUUCAGCGCUGUUGUACACAUCACAUACUUGCGGUGGAAAAAGCAAAGGCUUCCGCUCUGACGGCUCUGGCUAAUGCAACCGGAGCGGUUCCGGUGACUUAUGCCACACAGUUGAGUAAGCACUGUGUCGGCACUGGUGUGAAGGUUGCGGUAUGGAGGGAGCUCAGCCGCCAUGAGAGGAAACCCUCAACAACUGUGAAUAUUUCCACCGUUGAGAGCAGCGAGUUGGUCACUGUGAUUCUCACGAGCUGUGUGGAGGGCAAGCUGCAGGCCCUGGAGGACCAGUUCUGGGCAUGUGCGUAUCGUUUACACCACGCGCGGAAAGACAAAGCCCUCCUGCCUGGUGCUGGAGUGACAGAAAUGCUUUGUGUUCAUCACCUUCAAAAGCAAGCUGAGCAAAAGCAUCACAGAGAGAGGGAUGUGGACUCUGUCCAACAAACCAAAGCAAGGACAGCAGAUAACCCGUACAGAGGAUUAGUGUUGCACCUCAUGGCAGACGGUUUAAUAGAUUACGUAUCCACUGUAAUGGUUAACACGGGGAAGUUCUCAAAAAUCCGAGCAAGGACUGUAAUGAGCCAACAACUGCAGGACUAUACAGAGAGUCAAGGCAUUGCUGCGAAAUUCUCACAGCUUUUUUUGGACGUUGUAAAAGAGGAUGGUGGAGUUUCUUCUCCCGUGAAAUCCAUUGAAGCACCAGCAGCACAGAUUUAUGAUAAUCUGAGUGUGAAGCAGGAAGCAUGGAGGAAAGCCUUAGACCUGGUUCUCCUGGUCCUACAGACGGAUGCAGAGGUCAUCACAGGCAUUGACCAAAAAACUGAUGGUGCACAGGACAAUCUGAUGCUGUUGUGACCUUCAAGCAACACCUGGGAUGUUUAAACUGUACACAGAUUUCCCAAAGUUUAUUCUUU